GCGGGUCUUAUGUGGGCCACGCCCCCGGAGUCUCCUCGCCCCCAUCCCUCUUCGGCGAGGCCUUCCCGAGCGUGCGCAGAAGGGGGCUUCGGGAGGGGCUCCGUGCCUCUGAGCGCGUGCAGAGUGCGGGCGGGUGCGGGCCUCGCGCCCUCCGCCGGCCGCGCUGGGGGUCCUCUGGCCCCGCCGCCACCUCCCGCCUCGUCUCCCCAGGAGGAGGCCUGCAGCGUGGUCAGCCAGAGGUACGUGGAGUUCCUGCCCAGCGUGCGGAGCGCCAGGGACCUGGAGGCCCAGGUGGAGGAGCUCUCGGCCGGCGUCGACCAGCUGCGGUCCCGGAUCGAGAACGAGGUCCAGCAAGACCUUAACGUGGCCCUUGCAGACUUUGCUGAGCUGAAGCAGCAGCUGGAGAGAGAGGUGCUGGUGCUGGGCGUGCUGAAGCAGCUGCAGGAGUUCGAUGCUGCUCUCAAACAGUUUGGUACCUUGUUGCCGCUGAAGAAGUACAUGUCAGCAGCUUGCCAUCUGAACAAGGCCCGGAGGAGCCUGAAAACGAUGGAGUCUCGUCGGGGCUUUGAGCUAAAGAUUCUGAAGGCGCUUGGCCAGGAGCUCACGAUACAGACUCAGAACAUCCUGUACGUCUUGGGCCAGGAGUGGCAGCGCAUGGUGGCAUGGAAACUUCCCCAGUCACAAGAACUCAGCUAUCUAGAGGCAGCUACCCAAACGGAGUUGCGCUUGUGUCUGCCCGUAGAAGAUGUGGCCACAGACCCAGGAGUUUCAGCAGUCCUUCAGGCUUUGGCCGUCCUGGGGGAACUGGACAUGAAGUUCAAGCACUUUGGACAGUUACUGCUGAAGCACAUCCUCAAGCCCUUGAUCUGUUGCCCCUCCUUACGCCUGUUGAUGGAAGAACAGCCUGAUGCCGUCACGCUCAAAUUUGAGUCUGUGGGCUCUAGUCUUGGCCAUCCGUCCCCCUUGGAAGUGUUUGCAAAGCUCAAGUCGGUGUUCAAAGUUCUCCACCAAUACCUGCUGGGCACACCGCUUGCCCAUUGCGAGGAAGAGGAGGAGACCAACUCCCAGCCCAUCUUGGCAGAGGUGUUGGGCAACAUGAUCUGGAAGAAGAUGUCAGAUUGCCUCAUUUGUGAUUGCUUGGUGCACUCGAUCCCCAACAACAGCAGCAAACUGGGACAGUAUACAGAGGUUAUUAAAGCAACAGAAGAGUUUGAAAAAGCCUUAAAAGACAUGCAGUUCCUCAAGGAGGAUUCCACAGACUUGUUGACAUACGCCCGCAAUGUUAACUGCCACUUCGCUAACAAGAAAUGCCAGGAUGUAAUAGUGUCAGCAAGAAAUCUGAUGACCUCAGAAAUACACAACACUGUGAAGGUUACCCCAGACUCUGUGGUCACUCUUCCCACGCUGCCUGACUCUGGUGCAGGUGACCAAUUAAAAGUGCUGGAAGCGCCCCAGGUGCUCCUCAAGCAGGUGACAAACUUGGAGAACAAGACCAAGCUCAGCCGCCACACCUUCUCUUUUCCCACCUGCCGCAUCAGCGAGUCUGUCCAGAAAUUGAUGGCUUUGGCCUAUCAGACGCUCCAGGAGGCAUCUGCCAGCACAGAUCCGUGUUGCAUCCAGCUCUUCUACUUGGUGCGGAACAUCUUCCACCUGUUCUGUGACGUGGUGCCGAUGUAUCAUAAAGAGAACCUCCAGAAGCUCCCCCAGCUGGCUGCUAUUCACCAUAACAAUUGCAUGUACAUUGCCCACCACCUCCUGACCAUGGGCCACCAGUUCAGGAGCCGCCUGAGUGACGGGACAGCCACCUUCGUUGACUUGGUGCCCGGAUUCAGGAGACUGGGGGCGGUGUGUUUCCUUGCCCAGAUGCGGGUGCAGAAAGAGGAGUUGCUGGAGAGGCUCUCCAUCUCGAGGAAUUUCUCCAACAUGGAUGACGAGGACAAUUACUCUGCGGCGAACAAAGCUGUGCGUCAGGUUCUGCAUCAACUGAAGAGGCUUGGCAAAGUCUGGCAGGAUGUUCUGCCAGUGAACAUCUACUGCCGGGCCAUGGGGACUCUGCUUAACACUGCCCUUGUGGAAAUCAUUAGCAGAAUCGUUGCUUUGGAGGAUAUCUCUGCUGAGAACGCCGACCGACUGCAUGCCUUGUGCAAGACAGUGGUGGAUGAGGGGCCUCAGGUCUUUGUACCCCUGCCAGAAGAAAAGGAGAACCGGCAUUUCCAAGAGGAGGUCCCAGUUUAUGUGCCAAAGUGGAUUAUGUUCAAGGAGCUCAUGUUGGUGUUACAGGCCAGUCUGCAAGAAAUCGUGGACCGCUGGGCAGGCAGCAAAGGGCCUCUUGCAGCAGAGUUCUCCCCCAGCGAGGUGAAGAGCCUCAUCCGAGCCUUGUUCCAAAACACAGAGCGGAGGGCAGCUGCCUUGGCAAGCAUCAAGUAGCUUUUGCACCUCUUCUGUUCCGGAAACGUCGCCCUGGGCGUGUUGCAAUCCCUGCAGCUCGUGCUGCUGCUUCCCUUCCUAGAGUUCUUUCUGGGGCUGGCACAUCUGGGGCUUCUGGAGGCUGAGCCUCUGGUUGGAGGAGCCCACUUCGCAACACCGACCGAGUCAUCCGAGUGACCACCUCUAGACCUCCAAAACUAAUUUCACGGCAGAACAUGAUCAACUGGAACUUCCACCCAAAGAAGAUCCUGACUGGUCCAACUCCUGGUUCAGAUCCUGGCAGCGUCCCUGCUUCCUGCGUUUGCCAAAUCCAUUUGGGCUUGCUGGAGCUCUGGGCAGCUGGGCCUCGCUGGGGCAUCUCGAAACAGGAUGUGUGGAGUCUGGAUCGUGAAGAAACAGCAUCUAUGCAGCUUCUUCAAAGGGAGCCCUCCUCUUGUGCGCCUUACUGCUUCUCUUUUGCAAGUGGCUUUUAAAGCACAUGUGACUUGAAAAAAAAAAACUUUCAGUGGCCUUUCAAGGCUCUUAAAG